CCCGUCCGGUUGGCCGCUUUGCUGUCGGCCGCUUUGCUGUCCCCCGCCGUAGUCGCCAUCUCUGUAUACGAUCCUCCCGGCCUCAAGGAGGCGCUGUCACCCUCCUCCCUUCCCAUCCCGAACUUACCCACUCCCGGUCCAGCCUCCCCCUUCCUCUCUAUGGUUCCGGCUGUUCUAACCUGCCUCUCGCUGCUCUCCUUGCGGACUUCCGCCUCGCGGCGCUGUCAGCCAAUGGGAUGGCGGCGCGGUGUCGGCGUCGACCAAUGGGAGUGAAGGGGGCGGGUCUUCGGGAGGUGAGAGCAGGAAGAGACGCCCACGUGGAGCCCUGUGCCACCAAUGUCCCCAUGGACCCAAGAGCUUCAAGCGUCCCCAUGGCUCCAGGAUCUCCAGGUGCCACCCAUGUCCCCACGGAUAUGGGGUCACCAAAUGCUACCCAUGUCCCCAUGGCUCCAGGACCUUCAGAUGCCACCAGGACCCCAAGUGUCACCAAUGGCCCCAAGGAUUCAGGACCUUCGUGUGCCACCAGGACCCCUGUGGCCACCCAUGUCCCCAUGGAUAUGGGGUCACCAAGUGCCACCCAUGUCCCCAUAGCACCAGGACCUCCAGAUGCCACCAAUGCCCCCAUGGAUAUGGGGUCACCAAGCGCCACCCAUGUCCCCAUAGCACCAGGACCUCCAGGUGCCACCAACACUCCAAUGGACCCAAGACCUCCGAGCAUCACCGAUGUCCCCAUGGCUCCAACACCUCCAGAUGCCACCGGGCCCCCCGUGACCACCCACGUCCCCUCGUCCCCACGUCCCCUCCCCCCUCUCCACGUCCUUUUGGGUCAGGGGGUGUCACCCCACGGCCUGGGCCCCCCAUUCCGUGUCCUCCUCCCGGGCCGUACCCCAACGCGGGGCCCGGAGACGGCGACGGCGGGUGACAGCGGGGCUGUGGCCGUGGGUGUCCCGCGGAGGUGGCGGCGGUGCCAGAAGUGA